AUGAUUACAAGCACAGAUGUCACAAUAGAUGCUAUGAUGACUAGUAAGAUUGAGGAGUUAAAGGAGAUGAUUGAGGGGUCUAAAAGUAAAGGCAAGGAACGAAGGUGCAUGUACAAGGAUUUCAUGUUAUGCAACCCUACAACUUAUGUUGGUAAGAUUUAUCUGAUAGCAUGCCAAAAAUGGAUUUCAAACAUAGAGGCAGUGUUCAUACGAAGUCGUUGUGAAAAGGAAGACCAAGUGAUGUUCGCUACUAGUCAACUCACCUUUCAAGAGAAAGAUUGGUGGGACGCGUAUUGUAAGGAAAUAGGUGAGGACAAACUUCAAGCGAUGACUUGGCAGGAAUUCAAGGAGCCUUUUCUGAGAUAUCAUUGUCCUCAGUCAGGCAUUGAUAAGAUUCAGGAGGAUUUCUUAUGCCUCCAACAGAAAAACGAAACGAUCAACGAGAUAACUAAUACCUUCUUGGAUAAAAUGAAGUUCUGCGGAGAUUUUGUGAAGACGGAAAGAAUGAAAAUCAAUCGCUAUCAUGGCAUAUUAAAGGCAGAAUAUAGGGAGUUUAUCACUCCCUCAAAAUGUGAAACUCUCGAUGAGCUUAUUAAUUGGGCUCAGGAUAGAGAACUUGGGCUUAAAAGACAGGAGGAACGUGGUGAAAAUAGAUCGACGGAAAAAGGGGCCAAUUCAAGUCCGUCUAAGAAGGCGAAACAUCAAGAUCACGGAAGAAAAGAUAAAUCGAAAGGCGGUAUUACCCUUUGCAAGACAUGUGGGAAACUUCAUACUGGAGAAUGCCUUUUAGCUAAGAAGCGGUGCUACAAAUGUGGUGAUGAGGGACAUUCGUACUACAAAUGCCCUAACAACCCGAAGACUUGUUUCAACUAUUUUCAAAAGGGGCAUGUUAAAUUGGAGGGUCCUAAACUUCAACAAGGAUCAAAGAAAGAGGGGAAGAAGGAGGAGGGCUCUAGGGCAAAAGGGAGGAUGUUCCAAAUCACAUCCGAAGAAGCCAAUGCCUAG